ACACCAUCAAGCACCUAAUCGUUAUUUUUUACAAGUCUGAGGAUAAGGAAUGAUGAACAUGAGUGAGGUAAGUCACCAAAGGAUCAAAACAAAUGAUAUAUGGAUGCACAUAGCAGAACAAGGGACAGGGCCUCUCGUGCUUCUUCUCCAUGGCUUCCCCGAAAUAUGGUACUCGUGGCGCCAUCAAAUUGGUUACUUGGCUAAACAUGGCUACCAUGUGGUUGCACCAGAUAUGAGAGGCUAUGGUGACACCGACUCACCUCUCACUCCUAGCUCCUACUCUCCUCUUCACCUUGUUGGAGACCUUGUUGGCCUUCUUGACCAUUUUGGUCAACAACAGGCAUUUGUGGUGGGACAUGACUAUGGAGCUAUAGUUGCCUGGCAUCUGAGUCUGUUCCGGCCUGAUAGAGUCAAGGCAUUGGUUGCACUAUCUGCUCCUUACUUUGAAACAUCUUCAAGUAUCAGGAGUAUUGAAUCUUUCAGGCAAGGAUUUGGUGAUGGAUGUUAUGUUUGUCAGUUUCAGGAACCAGGAAGGGCAGAAAGAUCUUUUGCGAGAUAUGACUAUUUGACAGUGAUGAAGAAGUUCCUGCUGUAUAACAAGACAGAUUAUCUGGUAGCUCCACCUGGGAUGGAGCUUAUAGAUUAUCUGGAGACACCAGCAGUAUUGCCACCAUGGAUAACUGAGGAGGAUCUCCAAGUCUAUGCUGAAAAGUUUGAGGAAUCUGGUUUCACUGGUGCUCUCAAUUAUUUUCGAGCCAUUGAGUUGUACUGGGAGCUACUGGGACCAUGGCAAGGGAAAAGGAUAGAUGUUCCAGCAAAGUUCAUUAUAGGUGACAAAGAUAUUGGUUUUGAUGCUCUGGGCACCGGAGAAUAUGUGAAAGGAGAUGUUUUCAAGAGUCUGGUACCGAACCUGGAAGUCGUAAUCUUAGAUGGUGGUCACCACUUUAUCCAGCAAGAGAAACCUCAAGAAGUCUCCCACGAAAUUCUCUCCUUCAUAAGCAAAUUUUCUACAGAAAAGUUUCACUUAGUCUGAAUAAGAUUUUCAGUAUUUAAAAAAUGUAUGAGAUUCUUGAUCUGUUUUAGAUUGAUGAACGAGCACAAAACUUACAUGGUUUGCCCAG